AUAUAUAUAUAUCUGUUGGGUUAGGUUAGGUCCAUUAGCGAAAGGAACAGAAAGCAGGAACUUCCUUUCAAAAAAUUAAUAAAUUCUAUUAUUAUAUGUGUAAUAUUAAUAGAAUUUCUCGAAAAGUAGCAAGGAAAUAAUAAAUAUAUUGAAAAUGACUGUUGACGGUGCAAUUAGCAAUGAACAAGUGAUUUUUGUCACGGGAGGUUAUGAUCACACUAUCAAAAUAUGGCAGCCACAUACAGGCGUCUGUCAACGAACAUGUCAACAUACAGAUUCUCAAGUCAAUGCUUUGGACAUCACACCAGACAAGUAUGUUGUAGCUGCUGCUGGAUAUCAACAUAUACGAAUGUAUGAUCUAGCUUCAAAUAAUCCCAAUCCAGUCAUCAAUUAUGAAGGAGUAUCGAAAAAUAUCACCAGCUUGGGUUUUCAGGAGGAAGGAAAAUGGAUGUACACAGGUGGAGAAGACUGCUCUGCAAGAGUAUGGGAUUUAAGAUCUAGCAGCUUUCAAUGUCAAAGAAUAUUUCAAGUAUCUGCACCUGUAAAUUGUGUAUGUUUGCAUCCUAAUCAAGCUGAACUGAUAGUCGGCGACCAAAGUGGAGUUAUACACUUGUGGGAUCUUCGUUCGGAUCACAAUGAACAACUGAUUCCUGAGGCUGAAUCCUCGAUUCAAGAUAUCGCAAUAGAUCAAGAUGGUUCGUACAUGGCGGCCGUAAAUAAUAAAGGACAUUGUUACAUCUGGACACUUACAGGAGGUAUUGGAGAGGAACCUACAAGACUUAAUCCUCGUCAUAAACUCCUAGCUCAUAAACGUUACGCUCUUCGCUGCAAGUUCAGUCCCGAUUCAACCUUGUUGGUGACGACGUCAGCAGAUCAAACCGCCCGAGUAUGGAGAACGACUGACUUUUCUGAAGUACAAGUACUUCAGCAUGAAGCAAAGCGUUGGGUUUGGGAUGCAGCAUUUAGUGCAGAUUCCCAAUAUAUAUUUACUGCUUCUUCAGAUGGAGUCGCGAGAUUAUGGAACGCACUUACAGGAACAAUAGAACGAGAAUAUCAAGGACAUCAAAAGGCCGUUAUAGCUCUUGCUUUCCGUGAUGAAAUUGUUUCUGCGAAUUAAGAAUAGAAAAUGAAUAUUUAAAUAAUAUUUUUCCUUUUGCUUUCAAUCAAAAGCAAUUUCUAAUUUCAGAUAUAUUGUGUCAUUGUUAUAUGUGCAAAUGUCUCAAAUAGUAAUAUUUGUUUUCCAAUACUA